AUGCCCGCCCGCUACGAAAGCUCCCCCGCCAGCCCGGAACCCCUGGCCCGGCCCCUGACCUUUCCCUUCUCCGGCAAGACGGCCAAGAACCGCCUCCUCAAGAGCGCCAUGGCCGAGUCCCUCGCGACCUGGAGCGCCACAGAGCCUUUGAAGAGAGGUAUCCCCACGCCCGAGCUCGUCGAAGUCUACCGCCGAUGGGGCCAAGGACCAGACAACUUUGGCAUCAUCUCCACAGGCAACAUCACAAUCGAGUUCGAGGACGUGAGCACCCUGGGCGACAUGAUCAUCACCCCCGAAUGCGCCCCCGAAGAAGGUGACGCCCGCUUCGAGGGCUUCAAGGCCAUCGCCGCCGCAGGCAAGGCCGAUGGCAGCCUCAUGGUCGGACAGGUCAACCACCCCGGGCGCCAGGUGCAGAAGAAGAUUCAACCGAACCCCGUCUCCGCGUCCGCAGUCCACUUGGCAAGAACAGGACCGAAGAUGGGCAUGGAAUUCGCAACGCCCCGCGAAGCCACCAAACAAGACAUUGCCCGCUUCAUCGAAGGCUUCGCCCACGCGGCAGCCUACCUCGAGAAAGCAGGCUUCGACGGUAUCCAGCUACACGCCGCGCACGGGUACCUCCUCGCGCAGUUCCUCUCGCGCACGACGAACCGCCGCACCGACGAGUACGGCCCGCAGACGCUCGAGAGCCGCACCCGGUUGAUUGCCGAGAUUGGUAAGGCUGUUAGACAGCGGACGUCGCCGGGGUUCAUCUUGGCUGCCAAGAUCAACAGCGUCGAGUUCCAGGAGGGCGGGGUAACGACUGACGAGGCGAGGGAAAUGAGUGCCCUGCUCUCCGGGCUCGGGUUCGACUUUUUGGAGAUUUCCGGGGGCACGUACGAGGCUAUGGGGAUGAGCUGGGAGAAGGAGAGUACGCGCAAGCGGGAGGGCUUCUUCUUAGAGUUUGCGGAUACGGUUGUCAAGGGACUCGGCGAAGAUGCUGCGGCGCGCAAGACCAAGGCGUACAUUGUCGGCGGGAUGAGGACCGUAGGCGCGAUGGUGAAGGCGCUCGAGGUUGUCGACGGGGUCGGGUUGGGACGUCCCGGCGCGCAGGAGUUUAGGUUCGGUUCGGAGUUGAUCUCGGGCAGGGUGCAAGGCGCCGUGCAGCCUGUUGAGAUGGUUGAGAAGGAUUUCGGGAUGGGAUUGACGAUGGCGGCGGCGCAGAUUCAUCAGGUUGGGCGAGGCGAGGAGCCGUUCGACGCGAGCGAUGAGGGCGCGGUGGGGAGGUUUGCGCAGGAUAUGCAGGCUUGGUAUGGGGAUUUGAUUGCCGAUGGGGAUAAACUGGAGCAUUAUGGCGCUGUCAAGUAUUCUGGCGAGACUCUGCCUUAUAGGGAGACCUCCAAGGCGUAG